AUGGGCAAUAGCUUCGCUUCAUCGGUUCUUUCACUCCAUACUACGCCUUACCUGGACGGUUGGGACGCCAGGUCUCUUCAGCUCCACCACGCAAAGUCUAUGGUAGUCCUUCUCUGGACUUAUCGGUGUCUUUAUGACACCAAGUUCGAUCGCUGGGCCGCCAAUCAAUGCUCCGUUGUGAUCCGGAUUCUACUACCUGUGUACGCUUCGAAUACUACAUUAUUCGCCAUAUACGACAUUAUAAGCAAGGCUUACUUUAUCCUGAAGGAAAUGGCGUACGUUGGAGUCGUCGGUCAUGCAAAGGAGCUGCUGAAAGACAUCGAGAUGGAGGCUCGUGGCCUGAACGUUUGUGUCCCAUCACACGGGUAG